CAAAAACACGAAAUGCAAAAAUUAUAAAACAAAAACACGAAGAGACACCAGUCCAAAGAAGAUGGCAAAAGGCAUUUCUUCAAAUGCAAUCCAAGAUCAGUUCCUUCUUCAAACCCUCUGCUUCUGUUGCUCCCAAAUCCCCUAUCUUUAGAGGCCACGGCCAGGACGACGAAUUGACGAUUUGGGAGAAGAAAGAACAUCGGUUUUUCAAUACGUACACUCGCAGAGCUCAAAAGUCACACAGCGUCAGUGAAACGCUCAAGAAACCCAUUUGCGAUAACUCAUGUUUCAAGCCGGAAUCAAAAGCGUCUGGAAGACCAAUUAACAAUAAGAAGAGAAGCUAUGCGCAGUUCCAUUUAGAUUUGGGUCAGUCUGAUUUCAACCUCCACACAUGCUCCACAUGUGGGAUAAAUUACUCUCCUGGAGAGAGAGACGAUGAGAAGGCUCACAAGGCAUUUCAUAAGGACUAUACGCAUGGGAUCCCAUUCAAGGGUUGGUGUAAUGAAAGGCUCGUUCCUAUGCCGUAUACUGAAGGGGGCCGAAUAAUUUUGGUGUUAGAUUGUGAUCCUCCUGUUUAUAAGAACAAGGUUGAGGAAGUGGUAAAGAUGAUGGAAAUUGAGCUUGGAAGCGGAUGGACAUUCCAUAAGAGCUGUCAGGUAUAUCUAUUUAUUUCCUCCCGAAGGAUUGCUGGAUGUCUAAUUGCAGAACCGAUAAAACAAGCAUUCAAACUUUCAUCACGCUCAGAGAAUGGGGGAUGUGAUGGUACCUCUAUUAAGAGAAUAGAAAGCCAGAAAUCAGCUACCCUCCAAUUUGGGGUUAUUAGUUUGAAAAGGGAAGUCAAUAAAAAAGCCCCUUCCUUUGCUUGUUCUGUGGCGUUGGAUGGGAAUCUUGGAGCAAUUAUUUGCGAAAGGGAAGCUGUCCCUGCUGUUUGUGGAAUCAGAGCCAUUUGGGUCACUCCGUCUAACAGAAGAAAACACAUAGCGAGCCAAUUACUGGAUGCUGUGAGGAAAAGUUUCUGCAUGGGAUUUGUCCUUGAACGCUCUCAGCUGGCAUUCUCCCAGCCAACCUCAGCUGGAAACAUGUUGGCAUUUAGGUAUUUUGGCACUCGAUCUUUCUUGGUUUAUAAAACCAACAAUCUGGACUCGUAGGGGGCUCUUCAAUUGUUUG